CUACAUUUACCUAUCCACGACCUGUAAUUACCAGCAAAGAUUGUGUAGCUCAAUAUCUUUGUUUCUCUUUGCUCUUAUUUGCUUUUCUUUUGCUUGUUGUUGUCGUUACAUCGGCUUCUACAUACUCCAUCUCUCCCAUGGUCAGUAAGCCCUCGUGACACUUUUUUUUCGAGUCUAGUGGCACGCGGUCAGUGGACUUCGCUGCCAGAAUCAACCCGAUGACCGACCUCCAUAUUCGAUCGAUGCUGAGUUGCAUCGCCCACAAUUUGAGACGGGUCGUCGCUUGUGAUUUCUUGCAGUCGUCAGGGUUCGAGCCCCAUUUCCGUUGCAAAAGAUGAGGUAGGAAAUGAAGUCAUUGCUUCAACUUUAGGGCCAAUUCACCAUAUUGUUUUCCAAGUUGAAGCAGCUACUUGAUAGUUGGUCUGAAUAAGGCUGGCGAACUAGCUAGCCCCAAAAUCAUCUGCUGCUUAGGUUUAGCCUACUGGUCGGCGACAGCGGGCUGAUCAUGGUUCGUCUCACCGCACACGCAUAAAUGAUGGAACGGCUCGACUUUACAAAAAUGUUGCACAGACCAUGACAAACGAUCUCCAAUCCUGAAACCCAAAUUGUGCAUCCGUUAUUAUCGUUGCUUCGGCCUCUCUCCCAGCCAUUGUGUCCCUGUCGGUAAUCGCUUCUUUUUGUUCUGGUUUUAUUCCCCUUGAUUUCCUGUUCAAGUUUGAGGUCAAACUCCGCGCCAAGCUAUCACCAUAGCUUCAGCUUCAUAAUCUCGAUUGAGAGAUCCAGACCCCCAACCCCCAACAAAACCCAAGCACACAGUCAAAAGUUACCACCAACACCCAUCACAUCAUGGCGCGCAAGGGGAGCGGGACCUGGUUCACCCAUGUCCGCGGCGCCAUUAUCGUGUUCCCCUGGGUAGUCUGGUUGCUUCUGAUUGACAUUUCCGUCUCGGCACUGCUGCUCAUCAAAUCGCUGUUCCCCAACUUCACCUACGACCUGUCGUCAGCGCUUGCAUGGACAGUCUGGCGCUGGAUCCAAUGGAUCUUUGAGGACGUCAAUGGCGCGCGCGUCACCAUCUCGGGCGACCCUCUGCCGGCCAACGGCGAAAGUGCCGUCAUUGUCGCCAACCACGUCAGCUGGAACGACUUUUACAUGGUCCAGGCGGUCGCAGUGCGCGCCGGAAUGCUCGGUCGCUGUCGCUACUUUGCCAAGAUCCAGCUGCGCGCCGUGCCUUUUCUGGGCUGGGGUUUGUGGGCGCUUGGGAUGCCCAUGGUAACGAGGAACUGGCUCCGGGAUAGGGAUGAGCUCAAUAGGGUUUUUGAGGGUAUUGUGAAUCGGAGGUGGCCUACCUGGCUCGUAUCCUUCUCGGAAGCCACCCGCUUCACGCCCAAAAAGUACGAAGAGUCAAAGCAGUGGUGCGCGACCAACGGCAAGCCGCAGCCCCAGCACCUCCUCUACCCGCGCACAAAGGGCUUCAUCGCCACGGUUCAGCACCUCCGGCACGCUUCGCACGUGAAGGCCGUCUACGACCUCGCCAUCGCGUACCAAAAGGACGGCUCCUGGAUGGUGGCGCCCGUAUUCUGGGACACGCUGAGCGUGCCGGGCCUCUCGGCCCCCGGGCCCCACGGCUUCCGAUUCCACGUGCACGUGCGCCGCUUCCCCAUCGAGGAGCUGCCGCGGAGCGACGCGGAUCUGGCGCGCUGGCUGGAGCAGCGCUGGCUGGAUAAGGGAGAGUGGCUGGAGGGGUUGCGGAAGAGGUGGGCCGAGGAGGAGAAGGAUGAGGAAAGCAGGGCUAUGGACGGUGCGAAAGUGUGAGUGGUAUACAUAAUUGUUCCAGUGCUAUGAGGGAAAAAGGAAUCAAGGGCGGUUUGCGCCUGACGCAAUGACAUAAUCUGGUCCGGGCCUUUUUCUCCGUCUGCCGAUCAUGUUGUCGUUGUGCGGCACACGCAACAAAAAGCCAGUCGCUGGUAACAGGCUCGGUCUCCGGGAUGUUUGUGUUUGUGUGACCAUGCGCGGGUGUCUGCCGGCGUCUUUCUUUCGUAUGUUCCAUCAGCCCAUUCAUCAUGUGGUUAUCGUCAUGUAACCAAAACCUGGCUGAUCUCGGCUUUCACAAAGCCGCCAGGCGAAAGCAAACCAUAGUACCGCUUACAUGCAUGCACCGGUUCUUCACAGCUGCACGAUGCAUCAUGCAGCAAGAACCAAGUUAUUGAAAGCGGUGUGAGGGGAUUUUUCUAUCCGGCGUUGUCGAGGAGAAGUCCAACGGCUUACAAGUCAGCUUGUGACAGUCAAAGUAGGCCCCUCUCUCCAAAGCUAUGUGUAUAACACCGGUGAGGCCAAGCGAGCUCGACUUCCGGCAUGUUACAACGGCGGUGCGACCCCAUCCUCGAAGUUUCGUCUUAUCAGGAGUGCAUUUAUUGCUUCUCCAGUUCUGUGUCGUAUCUAUUUUCGUUUUCGUCUUUGACGAACCUGGGCAGACAAAUAUGCCACGCAUUGAGAAGUGUCCCUUUUCCCUGGGAGAUCUACUGUGUGCGAGCCACUGCGGGUUGAAUUUAUUUACCUUUAUAUUCUGCAGAGUGGCCAUGCGCAUAAUUUCGCAACUUGCGGAAUCAAAUGCGGCAUGUACCAGGGGAAAUAGAGCUUGGCUUGCAGCUGGCGAAUAUGCGCUUCAUAGUUGCAUCAUUAUCGCGUACUGUAGGUCUAACUGCAGCAACAAACCUAGCCUCCCUUCGAAGAGUUCUGGAAGCACUUGUUGAGUAAAAAUUGGGAUCCCUAAAAAUUUAGCGUUUCUUGCUGCAACUCCAUAGUUCCAUGUCAAGCAGAGACAUACCUAGGGCUAGCCACAUCUGUUUCUGUACUGAAUCACUCACUUCUGCAGAACUCUGGAUUCUCGUUUCUUGCUGAUCGACGUAUUUGUCUCAACAACUGCAUAUUGUACACCCAGCCAAGCUACCGUAAUCCACCUAAAGUGCAUUACUACACAAGCUACAGUC